AUGUCCGAUCACGAAGAAUUGCUAGAGAGCGAGCCUCCGACCAUCGACCCUUAUGAGGUCUUGGGUCUUGAAAGAUCUGCAACGGCCGACGAGGUCAAGCAAGCAUAUCGAAAGGCUGCCCUUAAGCAUCACCCAGACAAGGUCCCUCAAUAUCAGAAAGAUGCCGCGCACGAGAAAUUCCAGGCCAUCGCAUUCGCAAAUGCCAUCCUCUCAGAUGCCGCCCGGCGCAAACGCUACGACGAGACCGGCUCCACCUCAGAAUCGAUCGUAGACUCAGAAGGGUUCAACUGGAGCGACUACUACCGAGAGCAAUUCAAGGAGUCUAUUUCGAGCGACGCCAUCGAAAAGUUUGCCAAGAAGUACAAGGGCUCCGACGAAGAAAAGGGAGAUGUACUCGAUAUCUAUGAAGACUGUGAGGGUGAUAUGGAUGCGCUGUACGAGAGGGUCAUGCUAAGUGACGUGCUGGAGGAUGACGAGCGCUUCCGCGAGAUCAUCGACAAGGCCAUCAAGAGCAAGAAGGUGCCUAGCUUCCCCGCUUACACAAAAGAGACCAAGAAGAAGCGAGAGACACGCACCAAGAAGGCUCGGGCGGAAGCUACAGAAGCCGAGGACUAUGCCAAGGAGCUCGGUGUACACGACAAGCUGUUCGGCGAGAAGAAGGGUAAGAAGAAGGCCAAAGGCAAGGGAAGCUCGGAGGACGAUCUCGCAGCACUGAUCCAGAAACGACAACAGGAUCGCUCAGAGGGUUUUCUGGAUCAUCUCGCUGAGAAGUAUGGUGCUAAAGAGAGUAAAGCGAAGAAGGGAAAGAAGCGACCCGUUGAGGAUGAGCCGUCGGAGGAGGCGUUUCAAGCAGCUGCUUCUCGUCUGAAGGGCUCUAAGAGGUCAAAACGCUAA